AGCGCGGGACACGAAGAGACCGUCCGCGAGCUCGUUGGAUCCGGCGCUGACGUACGCAAGACUACCGACAAAGGUCUAACCCCUUUAACCGUCAAGCGCUCGUUUCGUCUCGCACAUACAUACAUUCAUCUCAUCUCACCUCGUUCCAUCAACGCGCGGGACAAGGCAAACCAACUUCCAUUACAUCGUGCGGCCACAACUGGCUCCACAGGCUCCACAGGCUUCAUCGCACUCCUCCUGGAGCCUAGAGAGGGCAUCAAGCCGAGGCUGAACACCGGCGAUCGCUUAGGCAACACGCCGCUGCACCUCGCUAUGGAGUCGGGACAUGCCGCAGCGGCGGUCCAGCUGAUCGAAGCAGGCGCCGAUCGCUCGAGGACGAAUCUUGAAGGGUUGAUGCCCGAGCAGCUGGAGGGCGUCGGAGGACAGGAACAGCAGCGGGUGAAGAACUACGUGAUCGAUCAUUGCGGAGAGCCUCCGGCGUAG